CAGCCAUAAUGGUCAGGACUUGGGACGGCACUGAUUAACUGCUCAUAGUUUUGAACCCUUCUUCCGUCUGCAGAAUAGUCUAAUAAUGCACUAAACCCUACUUACUGUUGUUGCUGCUGACUUAGUAAACCGCAAAACCUUGUCCAACAUUAUAUACAAUUCUUAAAAAGAGUCUUGAGGCUUGACGGUGAUUUCAACUAUAGUCCCCCUUAAGUAUCAUCAAUUAGUGUAAUAGGAAGAAACUCUGCUUACUUAAAUUGAUUAUUGUUCGUCUUCAUCCCUCUGAAACUUGUUUGAUCUCUUGACCCGGACAAAUUCAAGAUCACAAUUCCAAGAAAGGAAAAUGGCACUCGCCGGGGAAUACGCUGCCAUGUGCAAUCAGACGUUGAUCAUGACAAAACCGGGUGUUACACUGAAGAAGACUGUUUCUGGUGCUCCGGUUCCUAGUAAAAGAGUUUGCUUUAGUGCCUUGAAGUUGAAGAAUUAUCACAAGGCUAGACUUGGAGUAAAAGCAGUGACUCAAAUAGAAGUAGGAUCGACUACAACUACUGAGGGUUCAAGGGAUUUGAAGGGAUUGGAAGGGACUUUGGAGCUUGAUUUGGUUUCAGAAGGGGAGUUAAGGAAGAAAGGAUUCAUGGGGUUGAGGAAGACCAAACUCGUUUGCACAAUAGGUCCCGCUUGUUGCUCUCUGGAGGAAUUGGAGAGGUUGGCAUUGGAAGGGAUGAACGUGGCACGGCUAAAUAUGUGCCAUAAUACAAGGGAGUGGCACUUGGACGUUAUAAGGAAGAUUAAGAAGUUGAAUGAUAAAGGCUAUUGUGUAGCCGUGAUGAUUGAUACCGAAGGAAGCCAGAUAAAUGUGGUUGAUCAUGGAGCUCCUUCUUCAGUCAAAGCAGAGGACGGAUCCAUCUGGCACUUCACUGCUGAAAAGUUCGAUGGUUCUCGUCCAUUGACCGUUCAAGCGAGCCGUGAAGGAUUUUCUGAAGGUAUUGAAAUAGGUGAUGAAGUUGUUAUUGAUGGAGGAAUGGCAACUUUCGAGGUUGUUGAAAAGAUUGGGAAUGAUUUGCGAUGUAAGUGCACAGAUUCUGGUCUACUGCUGCCUCGAGCUAAAUUGAGCUUUUGGAGGGAUGGGAAGCUUGUACGGGGGAAUUACGAACUUCCAACUUUAUCUGCAAAGGAUUGGUCAGACAUUGAGUUUGGAGUUUCGGAAGGUGUUGAUUUCAUUGCUGUAUCAUUUGUCAAGGAUGCUGAAGCUAUCAGGCAUCUGAAGAGCCACCUUUCCACCAAGUCUGCCAAAUUAGCUAAAGUCUUGGCAAAGAUAGAAUGUGUGGAAUCUCUCCAGAAGUUGCAAGAAAUUGUUGAAGCUUCCGAUGGAGUCAUGAUAGCAAGAGGGGACCUUGGAGUUGAGAUUCCUCUUGAACAGAUUCCGUCAAUGCAGGAAAAGAUAAUUGAAGUCUGCCGGCAUCUCAACAAGCCUGCUAUCGUAGCGUCUCAACUCCUGGAGUCAAUGAUUCAGUAUCCUACUCCAACAAGAGCUGAGGUUGCUGAUGUUUCUGAAGCAGUUAGGCAGUAUGCUGAUGCAGUGAUGCUAUCCGGUGAGUCUGCUGUUGGCUCCUAUGGGCAGAAGGCUCUCUCUGUCUUGCGUACAACUAGCAGUCGAAUGGAAUCAUGGGGCCGCGAGGAGAGCAUGCAAGCUAAUCUGAACCAAUCAAAGCUCAGAUUAUCUUUGUCAGACCGAAUUGCUGAGCAGAUCUGCAAUUGUGCAGCAGAAAUGGCAAACAACCUGGGUUUGGAUGCCAUCUUUGUUUAUACAAGGCAUGGAGAAAUGGCAAGUCUCCUGUCUGGAAACAGGCCAAAUCCUCCCAUAUUUGCAUUUACAAGUGACAGGGGCGCCAGGAUGGCUCUGAGUUUGCAGUGGGGAGUUACUCCCCUUCUGAUUGAUCUAUCAGAUGACAUGGAAGCUAACACUGAAAAAACCAUCAGCCUAAUAAAAACCAAAGGGCUGAUGAAGGAGGGAGAUACAGUUUUGGUUAUUUCAGAUAUCAUUCCAUCAUGUGCAACACAAACAUUGUUUCAAUCAAUCCAGGUGAAAACUGUUGCCUAGAGAACAUUUUCCUCUAUACAACAGUCUUAAGAUUGUGGGAAAAGGCGUGGCCAGUUGCCACAUUUAUGAAAGGAUUCGAUGGCCUGCAUGGAUUCGAAGUUGCUAUUUCGCUGUGAUAAAGCAAUCAAGAAUCCACAUUCAUUUCUACGAAUGUCUUGUCUUUAUUAUUAUGAGUUAGAAUUUUCUCGUUUUAAUUAUGUACACUUAAAAAAUUGUUUGAAUCGAUUAUGGAUAUUCUCGACUUCUCGUA